ACAUCACAUCACCCCACCAAACACAAGCGCCGUUAAGUGACUUUUAUACCAACAACAACGAUAACGCGAUUUAAGCAAGAAGUGUACGAUAAUUUCGACAUAAUUCUGAGAGAAAGUAAACGGGCGGCGUACUCGCCACGAUUUAGCUACUAUUAGCAUCAUGUCACCCAGACUACGACCUCUCCAGCUACCGCUUUUGGUGGAGGAGAGAAGGAAGAGAGAAGAGGAAGAGGCGGCGCAACGCGAGUUAGAGGUCGACGUUCCCUACAAUAUCUACACCGUGGAUUCCUACUCGUCGGACGCAACGUCUCCAGUAACACCAACAUUCUCGGCGCGAGGACAUCUGCGCUGCUCUAGCUCGAUGUCGUCUUUCGACCUCGCAACGGUAGCCAGUUCCGAUAGCCCUUCGUCUCCCACGCAAACAGCACAAAGCUCAGGCAAACGCGUGCUACCCGAUGUAGAGGAGGAGCCAAUUGAAUUCGAGGACGAAUUCGAAGACUCCGAUGUCGAUUAUGACGAUGCAUCUGAAUUAUAUCAUUGCCUUUGCGAUGAGCCGUGCAUCCAUCGAGAUACCGACUUAGUGCAAAGCACAUCAAACUUUUACAGAGAGACUCGAAGUGCCGAAUACGACGCCGGUUUCUUCAGCGACGGCGAUUUCAGCUUUAGCCUUCGCUCGUCGCUAAAACGACGCAGAGACGGUUCAGAGUCACCAUUCGCAGGUCUCUCCCAACGAUUAGGCUCACGAUUCCCUUCUUUCUCGAGAUGGAAGUCGUCGAAGCCGUCUAGCAUCAGUUCACCAGUGUCUGACUACGCAUUUGAUCAACAGCCCAUUAUGUCUAGGACCUCUUCGAGUCGCUCGUCUUCGAUAUCAGCAAGUUUCCGACACCGUUUGGAUCGUUCGAACGAGCCUCCCGUACUACCUACUCCUGCUUUGUCGCGCAACGGAAGCAGUGACAGAAUGCCAUUAGACUUGGCUGUGGACGCCAGAAAAGCCACAGAACUUCUGUUCGCCAUUCAGCACGAGCGCAAGCAAACCCUAACGCCUCUUCUCCCCCCGAUGAUGACCUCUACUUCGUCCGAGUACAUUCUAGCGCAACCUUCUCCGCUACAAUCGCCGAGCGUCGCCUGUUCUCCUCUUUUAUUCGAAGAGGAAAUUUACGCGACAGGCAUGAUCUCUCCGCCGCUUAGCGCUAAAGGGUCACACUCCUCGCUCCGCCUCAUGCCUGACUCGGUCGAGCUGUCUCAGCUUCCCGCACCGGAUGCCUGGUCCGACCGUUUGGGUCACGCGAAUUACACCAUAGUACCGAAGCCGUAUGAACCCGAAAUGAAAGAUCUGUGCUCUCUACGCCAAUUCCGAUCAGACUGGGAAGCCGCACGAGUCAACUACACGAAGCACCUCGCACGAACAGGAGAGCACUACGGGCAGACUUCUAAGACCUACUCGCUUACCGAAGAGAAGUGGGCUGAGACUCAGAGGGUUUGGAGGAAACUACACGAUGAAAUCGCAGAGGCCGUUGUCGCUAGCGGCGAAGCGACCGAUUGCGAUAAAUUCGACGAAGCCAUGUUAACCACGGUCCCGAGGAUGGACGCCGAGGGUAAGUUUCCCGAACGCGGCGAUGAGGACAUCGUUGGACCGAUGGUACGCGAGGCAACUAUGAUGACCCUCGACAACGCCGACCGGAAAGGACCCGGUUUCUGGCGUCAUUUGGCCGGCAAGGUCGGCUUGAGGAAGUGAGAUCUACAUACAAUAUACGGUAGCAUCUAAGCUCACCUUACCUCACCUAUAUUAAUAACGCGGCUGGCAAACUCGAACGGCCUGGAUAUUACGACUAACCUUUACGACCAUCACGACCCUAACGUCACUUACGCUCGUUUCGGAAACCUAUUUUUUCUUCCAUUU